GCUGUCAAAACUGGACAGCAAGGUCACAUUUUCGGGCGUGAUUUUAAGACUAAAUUGUGGGGGUACCAUGAAGCGAGUUGGGAUCUUUUGCAGCUGUUUGAGAGGAGCUUUAGGGUUGAGAACUCUGUACAUUCAACCACGGUAAAUUCCGGGAGCGUGUUAAGUGGAGGAGGAAGUACCCCAUCUAAACAUGCAACCCCAAAGACAUGGGUCAACAUGGUCAACGAUUUCCAAAAUGGCGCAUUAUCUACACGUUUAGGGAUACCUUAUAUUGAUGGGAUUGAUGUUGUUCAUGGACAUAGUGCUGCCUAUGGAGCAACAAUCUUUCUUCAUAAUUCUGGUCUUGGAGUUACCAGAGAUCCUUUACUAAUUAAGAAGAUUGGGGCUGCUACAGCACUUGAAGUUAGAGCAAAUGGCAUACAAUAUACUUUUGCACCUUGUAUUGCAGUUUGUAGAGAUCCGAGAUGGGGUCGUUGUUACGAAAGCUACAGCGAAGAUCCUGAAAUUGUAAGAUUAAUGACUGAAAUCAUAUCAAGUUUACAAGGAGAGAUCACUGAUGAUUCCGAAAAGGGUGCCCCUUUUGUUAAUGGACAUAAACAAAAAAUUGCAGCCUGUGCUAAGCACUAUGUAGGUGAUGGAGAAACUCAUCUAGGAGAAAAUACCGGCAACACGAUGAUAAGCAGUAAAAAAAUGUUCGGUAUACACAUGCCAGCAUACAAUGAUUCAGUCAUUAAAGGAGUGGCUACCAUUAUGACUUCAUAUUCUAGCUGGAACGGGGUUAAAAUGCACGCUAACGGUAAGCUUGUUACUGGCUACCUCAAAAACAAACUCAAAUUCAAAGGAUUUGUGAUAUCAGAUUGGCAAGGCAUUGACUCGAUCACUGAUCCUCCACAUGCUAAUUACACAUACUCCAUAUUAGCUGGAAUUAACGCUGGCAUUGACAUGGUCAUGGUCCCAUUAAACUACACAGAGUUUAUUGAUGGUUUGACUUACUUGGUCAAAAGUAAGUUUAUACCAAUGAGCCGAAUAGACGAUGCAGUUCGGAGAAUUUUGAGAGUGAAGUUUACAAUGGGUCUGUUUGAAAACCCGUUGGCGGAUUACAGCAUGACCAAGUACUUGGGAUGUCAGGUGAAUUUCCUAAGGAUUGCCCUCUUCAAGACAGUCGCUUACGUGUGCAGGUAUCGACACUUUAAUGGUUGUUUGUUUUUUAAUCAUUAGAGGAAAAGGAAAGCCCAGCGAUCAAGCACCCCCGCCCCAAAAGCGGAGACCGGAGAACUGCCAGGUUGUCGAGGAAUAAAAAUAGGUAAAUUUAUUUGUUUUUAUUUUUAAACAGAAAUAAAAAUAUUUGGUUUACACUUGAUGUGAUUUAGGUAUUCGGGUCGAAACAGAGCUUAGAGAGAAUUAAAUCUUCGUAAAUAAAAGCUAAAGUUAUGUUUCUUGAUAUAUUUGGUUUACACUUGAUGUGAUUUUGUAUGUUUUUGUAGUAUCGUUCCCUUUCGUUCCUAAGGGAACGAUGAUAAGUUAGUAUUGAAAUAAUAUUCAAUAGGAACGGAAAAUUUAUAAAAAUAUAAAUAUUUUUGGACAAAAAGCGGGUUGGGUCACUCAAAUCCAAACUGACCUGUGUUAGCUCGUGCAAAAAUUGCGUGUUUUGACCCGUUACCAACCUUGCUUUGACCUGCGUUAAUUUGCCACGUCUAGAUAUGAGUUAAUCACGGAUGCUUGAUUGUGUGUGCUGGCAAUCGGAUACAACUGUAGCCAACUUCAGUCAUUGAACCUAGGAUGGUUAGUCGGUUUUGCGUUAUUCGGGUUCGGGUUAGUUCGGGUCGGGUUGUUCGGUUUUCGGGUUUCGAUGUAAAAUGAAAAAUUUAAGUUUUUUUUACAAGAUAUCAUAAAAUUCAUAUUGCUACUUUAAAAAUAUCAUCAAAGUUCAAACUCUAUUUGACAAUAUGCUAUUAUAAUAUUUAAAAGUCCCAAAACUUAAUGUUUCAUAUAUAAAAGACUCCAAACCAAAACACUUCUAUAAGAAAAAAACAAUAAAUGUUCAGGUUUUUUGUCGGGUUUCGGGUUUUCGGGUCGGGUUGUUCGGGGUUGUUCGGGUUAGUCGGUUUUGGGUUAUUCGGGUUCGGGUUAGUUCGGGUCAGGUUGUUCGGUUUUCGGGUUUCGAUGUAAAAUGAAAAAUUUAAGUUUUUUUUACAAGAUAUCAUAAAAUUCAUAUUGCUACUUUAAAAAUAUUAUCAAAGUUCAGACUUUAUUUGACAAUAUGCUAUUAUAAUAUUUAAAAGUCCCAAAACUUAAUGUUUCGUAUAUUAAAGACUCCAAACCAAAACACUUCUAUAAGAAAAAAACAAUAAAUGUUCAGGUUUUUUGUCGGGUUUCGUGUUUCGGGUUUUUCGGGUCGGGUUGUUCGGGUUUUUGGUAGGGAAAAAGUGACCCGAUAACCGAACCAUUUAAAGUUCGGGUUGGUCGGGUUCGGGUUUUUCGAAUAUUCCCUAAUUCGGGUUCGGUGGCUUUGAAUUCGGGUCGGGUUUUGGAUAAAAAUGAACAGUCCUACUCUCAAGGGCAUCAUAAGGCUUCAAGCUUUAGUUCGUGGCCACUUGGUUAGGAGACAGGCUGUUGUUACUUUGAGAUGCAUGCGUGCAAUUAUUGAGUUCCAAGCGUUGACUCGUGGCCGUAUGGUCAGACUUACUAAUGGUCAACUGCUUAAAAACAGACUUCAACAGCAUUUGUGGUCAAAAUUGUUUUGUUUGUACACUUCUGAAAUAUGGAACUACAUUGGGCAUGAGGAUUUCGUUGGCUUGUCAAAAAAAAAGGAAGAUAACUUUGCUUCAAGAAGUGGGCCAAGUUCUGGAUGCAAAGAUUGACUAGAAGGCAUUGGUCAAACAAAAGCAAGGGAAUACUAUAUGUUGUGGCACCAUUUGGACGACGGCAAACGUACUAAUAAAACCACAAAUGUAGUUUAUAAAGAAGUAUUUAGGAAUUUGUGAUUUUCAUGUACUCACUUAUCAAUAAUUUUUUAUUUCAGUAUCAUUUUUACACGUUUAAAUUGAAAAGUGAUUUCAUAACAAA